AAUUUCAUGUAUUUUAAUUAAUGCGUUAAAAAAAUUAAUCUAUGUUCGAAUUUAAUAUGUAACUUUUUCAUAUAUUACAGAAAUUUACACAGGUCUAACUGUGUUGUGCAAAAGCAAAAUGAUUGUACAUUUUCACACGUGCAAAAUAUAAACAACACGCAGUACGACCUCUAAGGGGAAUAUAUGUGAAUCUCAUUCCUAUAAUAGUACCGUGUUUUCGAAGCCACGAUUACAAUCUGUGCGGCUGCGGUAUGAAUAAAAUGUGCAAAUUCUAAUAAAAUUAACGAUAAUUUUAGCUCAGUUAAAAUUUUACGUAUGAUAGAUAACAAUUACAAAACGAAUAUAAUAAUUCGAAAUUUCGGGUAACCGUUACGAUGUCUCAAAACGAUACGAGCGAUGAUGAAACGGGUUUGCAAACGCCUCGAACGUUUCUCAAGAAGACUUGCUACAAUCGUAACACUUCAGUUAUGCGCAGUCCGAUUAGUUCAUGUUCGUCCAUUUCGAGUUCCGUGAUAUUCGGACAAAUCUCCGAGGAGGUGCUCCGCGCCUGGAGUCAAUUACCGGAGGCGAUUCGUCUGGAUCCCAGUCUGGCGGUUUUUCAGAGAGAAUGCGAUCGUCUCACAGAGGGCAAAUCUAUGGAUCACGCGAAGAAAGAGUGCCUGGUGGUAAACAUGUCCCUUGGGACACAGCCCAUAGCCAGAGCUCAAAGUCAGAGCAAUAUCGACGAAGACGGGCAGGAUGUGCAGUCGUCGCAGGAGAAGCAGAAGCCGUUCUAUCGCUACUUAAAGUUAAUUACGCUGUGUUGCUGCUGGCUGGUAUUCACGGUGAGAAACCGUCACGUGCGAUCGACAUCGCGGUUGUAUUACUCUCACAUUGAUCCGUUACAGGUGAUACUGAUGUUUAAGAGCGAGAGAAUCGACAGACUGCAUCAGCUCUCUGUUUCGAGUGGAGCAAUUGGCAAUUACCGAGUGCCCGAGUACAUUACGGGCAAACAGAUCAGCGUGACUGUGGAUGGAUUGUUGCUGCCGUCAGCGAAGGGUGAGCAACGUGCUAAUUUAUCUACGUCCUAUUUGAUGAUAUGGCUGGAACUCCUGGUAAACGAGACCUGCGAUACCGGUGAGCUCGCCCACGCCAACUCGUCGAAUUCGAAGUUUCAGAACAUAAGCGACGUAUGGAUUUUGCCCAUACCGUCCGAGAAUUUGCUGAGUAUCCUGCCCGAACAGAGGCAUCAAAGGGUCUUCAAGAUAAAGAACGUCGACAGCCAGAUACUGUCGUGCAGCGUAAUGUUCAUCAAGUUACGCACAAAUUCAGCGUCCAAUCUUACGGUCUCUGUCGCUUACGAUCUGCCGUCGACGUACACCAACGCCGGCAUAGUGUACGCCGCAUUAAUUCUAAUUUGCCUAUACGUCAUGAUAAUAUUCGAGAUUGUGCAUAGAGCGCUGGCCGCCAUGCUAGCAGCCACGAUGUCCAUCGCGAUUCUGGCAAUUCUGAACGAGCGACCACGUAUGGAUCAGGUGAUCUCCUGGAUAGACGUAGACACGCUGCUGCUACUCUUCUCUAUGAUGGUACUGGUUGCUAUCAUCGCUGGUACCGGCAUAUUCGAUUGGCUGGCGGUCUACGCUUAUAAAAUAACCGCCGGCAAACUGUGGCCGUUGAUCAUGGCUCUGUGUUUAUUCACCACGUUCCUGUCGUCGUUACUGGACAACGUGACAACCGUGCUGCUAAUGACUCCGGUGACCAUCCGGUUGUGCGAGGUGAUGCAACUGAACCCGGUCCCGAUUCUCACCGCUAUGGUAGUCUACUCCAACAUCGGAGGCGCCAUGACGCCGAUCGGUGAUCCGCCUAAUGUCAUCAUCGCUUCUAAUCGAGACGUUCGAAACGCGGAGGUGGACUUUGGCACGUUUUCGUUGCACAUGAGCAUCGGAGUGAUACUGGUGUUGAUCGUGGUCUCCGCGCAAUUUCGCUACCUCUUCCGGAACACUGCGGUCCUCAGGUUCAACGAGCCGCAAGACGUACAGGAGUUGAGACACGAGAUCGCCAUCUGGCAACGGGCGGCAGCGAGUUUGUCCAAUUACAGCAAGGACGAAAAUCUCGUGAGGGAAACGUUGCUGAAGAAGGUGCAGCGUUUAUUGUCGCAGCUGAAGAAGAAGUUAGUGACGGGGAGCGUGACAUUGGACAAGUACAAGACUACACUCGGGGAAUUGCAGGAGAAGUAUCCUAUCAGGGAUAAAUGGUUGCUGGUGAAAUCGGGAUUCGUGCUGAUCUUCGUCAUCACGCUCUUCUUCCUGCAUAGCGUGCCACGUUUGAAUCUGUCCUUGGGUUGGAUCGCUCUGAUCGGCGUCUUGCUGCUUCUGAUACUAGCCGAUGGUGAGGAUUUCGAUGGCGUCAUGGCGCGUGUCGAAUGGAGCACCUUGUUGUUCUUCGCAUCAUUGUUCGUCCUUAUGGAGGCACUCUCGCGCCUGGGCCUUAUCGAUUGGAUCGGCAAUCUAACUGAAAAUUUCAUUCUGUCGGUUAACGAGGAAUCUCGAUUAGCAGUCGCCAUUCUAUUGUUGCUAUGGGUAUCGGCAUUAGCGAGUGCCUUCGUCGACAACGUGCCCCUCACUACCAUGAUGGUGAGGAUCGCGACAAAUUUGGCACAGAAUCGCGAACUCGAUUUGCCGAUGCAGCCUCUGGUAUGGGCACUGGCGUUCGGUGCUUGCAUGGGAGGAAAUGGAACUUUGAUUGGAGCUACCGCCAAUGUUGUUUGCAUGGGUAUCGCGGAGCAACACGGCUACAAAUUCAGCUUCAUGCAGUUCUCCAAGGUAGGAUUUCCCAUCAUGAUAACGAGCACCGUAACGAUAACGCUGUACUUGAUGAUCGCCCACGUCAUCAUCGGAUGGAACGGAGUGGAGUGAGUUAAAUAUCAAAGAAACGCCAGCAAGUUAUGCUCGGUGUAACGAAGGACAAUAUUACAUACGAUCAAGAUCGUUUGAUUCGUUUAUAGUGCGAUGCAAUAUCGCAAACACGUAUUAUUUUAAUAGUAUGCAUCUUUUUAUGUUUCCACAUAGAAUAUAUUUAUUACGUAAAAUUAUAAGGAGAAACUGUGAUGGCGUUUUUAAUAUGUAAAUAUUAAUAUUGAAAGAUUAAAUGUAUUAUAUCUGUAUAAUUGAUCUCACACAUAAGUGAUAAAGAAUAUAUAAAUUUCAUUCCACGUGUGAUAAUAUUAGAUAAUAUGAAUGUAAGAAUACAACGAUUGGCAAUCUUCGUUGUAAAAGGAUUGAAUGAUGCAUAAAAUACGUACACGUGCUAUACAAUUCGUUGAAAUACCUUUAUUAAAAACGAGGCUCUCUAAGAGAAGAGAACAAAAUUUCAAUUCCAAAGGUUGCCACGUCAUGGCGGGUGUCUU